AUGCGCGCGCUCGCGGCCCGCCUCCCGGCCGACCCCGGCUCCGGGCCGGUGCCGCGCGUCGUCGUGAACGCGGUGCACCCGGGGAUGUGCAUCACGGACAUCUUCGCCAAGUUUCCGCUCCCGGUGCGCGCGCUGAUCCGCGGCGCGCAGCGCCUCGUCGCGUACACCGCGGACGAGGGCGCGCGCUUCCUCGUCUGGGCCGCCGUCGGCGACGCGGCCGCGCUCCGCGGGCAGUACAUCGGCGGCGGCCGCCCGCAGGAGUCGAGCGACUUUGUGCUCAGCGAGCGCGGGCAGCGCGCGCAGGAGAGCCUGUGGGCCGAGGUGCUUGACAUUCUGGGGGAUGUGGACCCGAAGGUGCUGAGUAUUGUGCGAGAGUACCUGGAGGAGCCGAAGCAGCACGCAUAG